AAGGCAUCAGAGAAGACCAGUAGCUAUUCUGAAGGUUUCAAAUUUUUUUUUUGACAAUGAGGCUGGUGGUUUUUAGUUGUGUUGGAUUGUUGUUGCUUAUUGCAGUUGACUUGAGUUUGGCACAGUGGUCAAGAUUUCAACAAGGCCAGGAUCCACUAAGAUUCCAACAGCAACAGUCGCCAGUUUUAGCUCCUCAGCAAUCUGUUCAAGAUCCACAGGCAUCAACAACUUUUCGGCCUCUGAGACCUGUGAUGAGGCCUGCUGGGGUGGAUGCAUGGAAGCUUCAAGAACCUGGAAGUAGUCAGUCCAAACAGCUUAUGCAGGCUCCUAUGGCACCUUUGACCUGGCAUUUUCCAGUAAUACCAGAAGAACCCCAACAGCCAGAUGUGCCUUUUGAGCAGUGUGAACCUAUAGCUCCCCAGUGUGUUGCAGCACAAUGUGGAGAGAACUUUGUGCAUGUGGAGGUUAAGAAGGACUUCUUUGGUACUGGUCAGCUGGUGAAUCCUUCAUUUCUCACUUUAGGAGGCUGUGCAGCUGUAGGGGAGAAUCCAGAAGCUGAAGUUCUUAUAUUUGAGUAUGAGCUCCAGACAUGUGACCACUCUCUGGUGAUGACAGAUGAUGAGCUUGUGUAUACAUUCAACCUCCUCUAUACUCCUGCGGCUUUAGUAGGAACUCCCAUUGUAAGGGCUGAUGCAGCAGCUGUUGGAAUUGAGUGCCACUAUUCAAGGUUGUAUAAUGUAAGCAGCAAUAUCUUGUUGCCCGCUUGGGUUCCUUUUGCUGCAACUAAAGUUGCAGAGGAAGUUCUGGUGUUCUCCUUGAGGCUCAUGACUGAUGACUGGAUGUUUGAGAGGCCAUCCAAUCAGUACUUCCUAGGGCAAUUCCUGAAGCUUGAAGCUUCUGUGAAGCAGUACAACCAUGUUCCUCUGUGCGUCUUUGUGGAUGGUUGUGUGGCUACUGCGGCCCCUGAUGUGAACACCCCCUCUCCAAGAUAUCCCUUUAUUGAGAACCAUGGGUGCCUGGUAGACGCAAAGCUUACAGGCUCCACUUCCAGCUUCAUGCAUCGUGUUCAGAACGACAAGCUGCAGUUUCAGUUGGAGGCUUUCAGAUUCCAGCGAGAUGAUCGUGGCUUGGUGUACAUCACCUGUGCUCUGAAGGCUGUCAUGGCCUCAACCCCCACAUGUCCAGAGAACAAGGCUUGCUCCUUCAUAAAUGGAUGGACUUCUGUAGAUGACAAUGACCAGGUGUGCAUGUGCUGUGACACCACGUGUGGUCUCGGCAGAAAGGGACAAGCACUGUCUGAUUCAGGUCUGGUAUCGGAAGGGAAAGCAACCAUUGGCCCCGUUGUGAUUACUCUCUGAUCUAUUGUGAACGAUGAGAAGUGCCAAUAAAAGUGUUCAUUGGCAA